AUGCCAAACAAAACAUUCAGUUCUAAAAGCGAAAAGUCUGCUCCUGGAUUUAAGGCAGCAAAGGAUAGAGUUACACUGCUGCUAUGUUCGAAUGCAUCUGGAGAUUGUGUCAUUAAGCCACUGAUGCUUUACAGAUCGUUUAAUACUCGGGCUUUAAAAAAUCAAAACAAGGACAACCUUCCAGUGUUUUGGCGUGCUAAUAAGAAAGCAGGUGUUACAAGCGCUAUUUUUUGUGACUGGUUCCGGAAGUGUUUUGUUUCUGAAGUUGAAAAACAGAAUUUAGACUUUAAAGCACUUCUACUUUUGGACAAUUCACCAGGUCAUCCUCGCGAACUUGAAACUAUGCAUCCAAAUAUAAAAGUGUCAUUUUUACUUCCCAACACGACGGCUUUGCUUCAACUUAUGGACCAAGGAAUAAUACAGGCCUUUAAGCUCUAUUACAUCAGAAUCAUAUUACAUAUUAUAGUAAACAUGAAAGAAUCAUUGGAAGAACUGAAGCCAUGCUGGAAAAAACUGUGGCCUGCUCUGACUGCGGAAAAUGAUGAAGAAUCUGUGCAAUGA